AUGUCGACAACCACCCCUAUCGUACCUACCGCCUCCGUUGGUGUGAAUACUCCGCGUUCGCGCCCAACUUCGCCGGACGAAGUAGCGCUAAUGACGCCCCACCACCGUUCUUCCAUCGCCUCUGAGAGCACCGAUGACGACGAUCUUGAUGAUUUAUUCGAGGACGAGACUACCUGGGGCCUCAGCUUACCGCCUAUCGUGAGUCAAUCUACGCUCGCUUCCAUCAACACUUCUGACACAGUUUCGCAGCCUAAAUCCUCACCUAUUUCCUCUCCAGACGACACCCAUGUCUCUACUACCCAGAAGCGCAAACGUAAUUCUGCUACCACCGACGACUCCGCUUCCGACGACUCCGACGACUCCACGCCAUCCAGGAAGGCCAAAACCGCCGAUGAAGAGACGGAGAAGAAGGACGAGGGCAAAGAAACCCAAGCCACUCGACGAUACCGCACCGCCGCCACCGCCGCGUCACUGAAGCCAUCUACCAACAACGCGAACAAAUUCCUCGAUAGCAUGAGGAAGCAGCGCUCUAUCCCUACACCACGCUACGUCCCAACCGGCGCCGAGCGCCGCACCGAAGUCAACCAGCUCGCAGCCAAGCACGUCCGCCACGUCGCCCCGGCCAUGCUCGCCAACAAAAACAGCAAUCGCGACGUCGGCGGCGCGAUGACCAAGUUUGACUGGGCCGCCACCAAGCGCGAGAUCCCCGCCUCCCAGAUCAAGACGCCUCCAUCCACAUCCAUGCUUCAGAAAUGGGUCGACUCAGACGACGAACACAUAACCUGGUUCGUCAUUCCCGCUUCGCACAAAUACAUCAACACGGGAAGCAUGAUGGUGCCCAUUGCCGAUAUCGUCGACAAAUCGAUCAAGUAUCCAGAGUGGACGUUUGUAGAAAAGAUCAUGGGGCCGCAUUGGAAGACGGGGGUGGAGGUUGUUAAGGCGGUCAAGGUCAAGUAUGAGAAGCUGACGGAUGAGCAGAGUCUUGAGAGGAUGGAGGUUAUGGUUAAGCAGAAGGAGGAUGAGGCUAGACAGGCGAGGAAGGAUGAGGCUGCUAGGAGGAGGAGGGAGAAGAGGGCGAUGCGGGCUAGGGCGAGGGAUGAGGAGGAUGUGUAG